AUGGCCACCGACACCACCGAAACCAAAGACCGCAUAACCUGCCACGUCCUCGACACCACCACCGGCCAGCCCGCCCGCAACAUGCGCGUCAAGCUCGAACUCACCUCCACCCCCAACCCCCCCCACGCCACCGCCACAACCACCCCCACCACAACCACAACCACCACACCCCCCCCUCCACCGCGUCUUCGAAUCCCUUACCGACGACGACGGCCGCAUCAAAUCCUGGCUGCCCUACUCCUCAGCCACCUCCUCGGGCGAGGUACCGGUAUGCACGCUGGGGGACGUGCUGGGCGGGAUCUCGGGGCCCAGCCAAUGGACGCUGCGGUUUGA